ACCAUCUGGGCAGGGAGGAUAGUUCGUUAUGCAUCUCCUGGAUUGAGAGGGAAGCAAGGAUCUGGGAAGUGUGUGUGCUGUGUUGGGGAUUUGUGGGAGAGCUCCUGGCAGUUGGGGACUCUUGGGAGGAGAGGGGGCAUUGGAGGUGAUAUGAGGGGGAAAUUGGGAUGGCGGCAGAGGGCUGAGGAGGGGAAGAAGAAAGCAUUAGGAGGAGGAAGGAAUGAGAUCAGUCUGAGGGGGAGAAAAAAGAAAUGAGCAAGAACAGGAGGCCGCCUCCACCACCAGGACGCAGUGGUGCUGCCAAAGCCAGACAGAUGGGUUUGCUAGUGGAUUUCUCUCCACAUGGGAUGAUGGACAAUGAUAAGGAGGAGGAUGGUGAACUGGAAUCAGAAUUAAUAGCUAUCGUGGGAGGCCAGCCAGAUGCAAAAGAGAAGCCGAAAGGGAAAACCCCUUUGCCCAUGGAAGCUAUUGAGAGAAUGGCCGCUCUCUGCAUGAAAGACCUGGAUGAAGAGGAUGGGGAAGAGGAAGAUCUGGAAGAUGAAGAUGAUCUGAUGGCGGAACUCAAUGAAGUCCUGGGUGAAGAGAAGGAAAUCAAGGAUACCACAAUACCUGCUGCUAAGGUGAAUGAAACUUCAGCUGAUUCCAGCAGUGUAGAAUCUACUCUGGUGGAAAGGCUGGAAAUGUACAGAACAGCCAUGACUAACGCAAAGCAAGCUGGAGACAGUGCCAAAGUGCGCAGAUAUGAAAGAGGCCUCAAGACAUUAGAAAACAUGCUGACCUCUGUAAGGAAGGGCAAAAAGAUUGAUGAGGAAGAAAUCCCCCCCGCAGUUGCACUAGGAAAGAGCGGGAACUCCCAGCUGCCGUCCCCUUCUCCACUAACUCUGUCAUCCCCGAGCUCCACACCCAACGGAAGGUUCAGUUUAUCCAGCCAUCCUCCUCCACAGCCACCCACUGCAGCACCUCCACAGGGACCCUCUGCAGCAUCUCCCAAGCCGCCACCUCCUGUGUCUCCCAAGCCGUCGCCUCCUGUACUUCCAAAGCCAGCCCUGGCCUCGCCUAUCAGAUCCCCAGAGACACCAGAGGAAAAGCCUUUGGCACCGUCGGGUUCUGAAAACGUCAGCACCCAGGCGCUCCUACAUGACAGGCAGCGGGAGUACAAGCUAGCCGCGCUGCACGCUAAACAGCAAGGCAGUGUCGAGAUGGCCAGUAAAUACUACCGCAUCGCUAAGAGCUUUGAUCCCAUUGUAGAAGCUUUGGGGAAAGGUGAAACCGUGGAUCUGAGCCGUCUGCCCCCACCUCCAGACCAGCUGCCCAAGGAGCUGUUGUCCCCAGGUCUACAACAACACUCUGCUGUGUCGACAACCAUGCCUUUAGCAAAAUCAGCAGCCCCUGCUGCAGAUAUCCCUCCACCCCCGCGGGACAUGCUGGAAGCCCUGCAGCAGAGGAUGGAGCGGUAUAAAACAGCGUCCGCUCAGGCCAAGAGCAAAGGAGAUGACCGGAAGGCAAGAAUGCAUGAGCGCAUUGUGAAGCAAUACCAAGAGGCCAUCCGAGCUCACAAAGCAGGGAAAACGGUGGAUUUUGCUGAACUGCCUGUUCCACCAGGCUUCCCACCCAUCCAUGGCAUGGAGGCUUCAUCAGGAGACCAAAGCAUCCUGGGAGUCCUGGAAACCGCUAUGAAACUAGCCAAUCAGGAAGACAGAGAGAAUGAUGAGGAAGAUGACAAUGUGGAGGGGAUGAAAAAGCCGGGCUCCCGCACUGCGUUGUCAAAGCCAGCCGCCUCGUCCCAGCCCAAGCCGGUUCCACGUGUGUCUUCGGGAGGUACCCCUGCAGCAGCAAAUGUAGCUGGGACUGGCAAAUCCACCGCAAAAGCCACCACAAAAGCCCAACAGCAGCUCGCUUUCCUGGAGGGCAGGAAGAAACAACUGAUGCAGGCGGCGCUUCGAGCCAAGCAGAAGAAUGACAUUGAGGGAGCGAAGCUGUUCCUGCGUCAGGCCAAGGGCCUUGACCCCAUGAUCGAGGCGUCCCAGGGUGGGCUUCCUGUCGACAUAACCAAAGUGCCUCAAGCCCCAGUGAACAAGGAGGAUUUCGUGCUCGUGCAGCGUCGUGGGGUUAGCAUCUCCCCAGAGGCUGCCAGCCAGUACAUGGAGUUCAUGAAGCUGAUGAGGCAGCAGCACGAGAUGUGUUUGAAUUACUCCAAGCAGUUCACUCACCUAGGGAAUAUCGCCGAAACAACCAAGUUUGAGAAGAUGGCAGAGGAUUGCAAGAAGAACAUGGAAAUCUUAAAGCAAGCCCACGCCAAAGGCUUCCCAUUGCCCAAGUACCACUAUGAGCAGAGGACCUUCAGUGUGGUCAAGAUCUUUCCUGAGCUGAACAGCAACGAUAUGGUUCUUACUAUAGUGAAAGGGAUCAACCUCCCAGCUCCUCCAGGCGUGACUCCCAAUGACCUGGAUGCCUUCGUACGCUUCGAGUUUCCCUACCCCAACGCGGAGGAAGCUCAAAAAGAUAAGACCAACGUGAUCAAAAACACAGAUUCCCCCGAAUUCAAAGAGCAGUUCAAGCUGUAUAUUAAUCGGGGCCACCGAGGGCUCAAGAGAGUCUUUCAGACCAAAGGCCUCAAGUUUGAGGUUGUCCACAAAGGGGGGCUGUUCAAGACAGACCGCGUUGUGGGCACAGCACAGCUGAAACUGGAGGCCCUGGAGACGACUUGUGAGCUUCGGGAGAUUGUCGAGCUACUGGAUGGCCGCCGGCCCACAGGGGGGAAGUUGGAGGUGAUUGUGCGUCUAAGGGAGCCUCUGAGUUCUCAGCAACUGGAGACAACAACGGAGAAAUGGCUGGUUAUUGACCCUCAGACCAUGCCAGCGGUUGCUGUCCCCAAACCAAAACCAGCAGUCGGUCCAGUAAGGGACGUGGGCAACAGCAAACCCAUUCACACUCUGCACAGCUUGAACGUUUUAGCCUUUGACAAGGAGAAGCUGGAAAAGAAGGUGUUAGCGUACAGACAGGCUCACAAGCCGCUUCCCAACGAGCUCGUGGAACAGUACCAGGACGUCACGCAGCGGAGCCAGUGGCUGAAAUCCCAGCUGCAGCACGGGGGCCCUGCGUUCAGGAAAGAGUACCUGUCGCAGAUGGAGAGGUUCCUGCAGUUCUACACCGAUUCGGCACGGCGUCUCGGGAACGAGGGCAAUCGGGAUGCCGCCAAGGAGGCCCUGUACAAGCGGAAUCUCGUGGAGAGUGAGCUUCAGAAGUUCCGCAGAUGAAGCCCUUGGUGUUGUGAAGGCCUGGGACAGAAUGGGCCGCCCCUCAUACACUGCACUCCUCUUCCCUCCAUGACCCCCAGGGGGAGAAACUAGGCAGACACUAAUGGGAGGGGUGGAGUUCCUUUCUGCCGAGGGCGGGAGAUAUACUUGAGGGGAUGGGAAAGGCCCUGAAAUUGACCUCGCAUCCUCUGCUAGUGUAGCGAGGGUGCUGUCCUUGUGCCCGGUCCUUGUGCCCCUUCCCCACCCCACUCUGGUGGUAGGAGUGAGCUCAGGCCCUGACCUCACCCCUCCCCCCCCCGAACCAGCCCCACCCCGACCCCCGAGGUGCAUGAUGCCCCACAGGGAGACGAGCCAGACAAUCAUGUGACAAUCACUUUGCCCCUCUGCUCACCGAGACGCACAGGUGCUAGAGGCCACCCCGCUCCUGGUCCCCGGCUCUGCUGGCCGCCUGCGAAAAGGCUUAGCGGGAGAGCACUGUCUUCACUAGGCCAAACUACAGCAGGGUUUGUCUCCACAAGGGCUGGGCCUGCACUAGGGCAGAUACCUGUGGCAAAUGGGUGGUGACCGCAGGUCCCGUCUCCCCUUAGCAAGCUCAGCACUCUUCAUUUGUGCAGGCCGUUACCUGUAAUAUCCCCCAUCUACGCUAGCCCCCGGCCUGUUCUCAGCACCGUCUGACGGGGGCCUGGGGUCGAUCUGUGGCUGCUGCACCCUGUUCUCAGCCACAGGUCCCCGUCCUAGUCCAGGCACGACCUGGUGCAAAGGGAAACCGCCCUGUCCCUCAGAGCCCGGUCUGACCCUGGGCGGGAGCUGGGCUUGAAUUCUGUGGGAAAACUCCCUGCCUGUCAUGGGGCACCGGUGCCGGCUGGAGCAGGGUUCAAGGCCAGCCUAGAGUACAGCCACUCUCUCUCCCCCUCCCGCUACCUUGGUAAAGUGCAAUCCGUGCUGUCCGUUUGGGCACCGGUUUAUAAGGGGGCUUUGUACUGCACGGCACCGUGGGCCAGGCGAAGGCUGCGACCUGUGAGCGCUGUCCUGUGCUCCCCCUCCAGAAGAUAGGGAGGCCCUGGGCAGGGGGGCAUUUAUCCGUCGCUCAGCUAAUCCACUCUCUGGUGCUGUUCCUGUGGAGUGCCCCUGUCCCAUCUCCCGGGGACGGCUCCAGUGCCUGACUGCGUCACACAGACAGACUGUACGUGGUGUGACUAACGCAUGUCCCUGGACGCCCCCCGCGCCCUUCCCCAGCCCAUAUCACCAGAGCUCCUGCGUUGUGGGAGGCAGGGGCUGUGCACGCAGAGAUGGGCAGAAACCCCUUUCCAUAGCCCCGAGACGCUGUCUGAGACCCCCGCCCCCCCCAGCAGGGUGAGAACCGGGGCGGGAAGCUGCUUUCAGGAGUCAGAGCAGGGACGCGGCGAGUGUGAAUGUGGCACUGCCUUGGGCUCCAGAGGGCUCCAGGCGAAGGGAGGACAUGUUCCUCCAGCCACGGCCGGGACGAUCCCAGGGAGCGAAAGGCGCCCGAGUGUGGAUCCGAGCAGCUGCCCCAACGUCCGGAACUGACUCCCGUGUAAAUACCCACUAAGACUUUCGCACCUUGUCCGAACUAGAUGACACUAAAGAUGCUCCCUCCCCCUCCUCCCCAGCAUGGCAAAUGGGGACCCUCUCCCCACCCCCGAUUUGCACUCUGGUCACAGCUCAUCUUGCACGGAGGGGUCCCUGCACCAAUGCACUUUGCACACACCUCUCCCCCAGGGACGGCAGGCCCCAGCUGCUCUGUUCCGGCUUCGCAGGGCUCCAGGCAGAGGAUGCCUGGGGAGGGUGGUACACGUUGUGAACUGCCACCCCUGUCAUGGGCCUGCUGCUUUAAGGAGGCUGGGGAAGUGGAGAAUAGGGCUAUUUCUCGCUACUUACCUGAUCCACCCAGAAGGGCUAACGGGCCCCACUUUGAGUGCUGUCCAAGAUCCCCCUCGCCCUGCAUGUCCCACUAGACCCCAGUCACUUACUGGUAGUGGCCAUAGAGGAACCUGCAGCGAAAGCCCCUCUCUGGCCGCUUGUCUCGCUCCCAUGCCCAUUGCACACACGGGCCUGGCUUUCACGCUCUACGGCAGUAGGGUGAAACACAUCUGCAGUUCACCCUACUGCCCUUCUCCCCUGGCGCCUGGCUCCAGUGAACCAGCUGAAGAGAACGUAUUCAACCGCUCGUCAGGCCCUGGCAGGGGCGUGGGACAGGGCUCGGGAUACCCUGGCUGGGAAUGGUUGAUUUCAAAAACCACAUGCUCGUUAGGAGGCUGCAGCUGGGGGCAACUAAAGGUACCUCCGGCUCUGAGCUGCCUGAACAGGAGCUGAGCCAGAGGGGAGCGGCAGAGCUAUCGCACAAGCAAGCAGCUGCGUGGGGAGGCGGGGAACUGUCCCGUUCCUCAGAGCUGGCGGGAGUCCCACUGACCCACAGGCCCAAACGCCAGAGGGGUUGAAAUCCUUGACUUCAGUGGAGCUGGGAUUUCCCCCUGGAUCUCUCUCCCUCCUGCAGUGCCCAGCUCUCGCUGGCAUCUCCGGCCCAGCUUGGCCAUGGGCUCUUCCUUGCGUGCCUGGCACUGAGCGCCGCGUGAAACUGCCAAGGGCGCUGAGCCCGGUGGAGCCGCGCUGCAGCCUCUGCACGCUAGCCGGGCUGCACCGCUACUCGCUGCCCCCUGCACUGGCAGGAGGUGAAGGGACGUGUUAGGCUGAUCCGGAUUCUCCCCACCCCUUGCAAGUGACAGCCUGGUUUAAACAGAAACAUUCCUUUAAUCCCUGUGACUAACCAAAUUCAAAGAGCUGCUGCUGGGUGAUGGAUGAGGUGAUUAGCUGUCGAAAUGGUCCAAUCUCAGCUCCCCCUCUCCCCCCCCGACCUUCCUUUUAAACCAAAUUUUAAACCUUUCUGUCUCUGGCCCAAGAGAAACCUUGUUUGAGGGUAAAUAAUGGGUAAUUGUCUAAUGUCUAUUGAUCCUCGUCUGAUUCCACAGCCCAGUAAAGCCGUGUGGUGCUGGGUCUGUUUUUACAUGCUGUAAGUGCCUGGCUCUGGGGGCGUCUGUCUGUCCAGAGAAUCCGAGAGCGAAUGUAAAAGCGGAGAUGUUGGAACUGACUGCGUUCUGGUUUAUUUUGUGCUUAGAGAGACCACAAAUCUAUAUGAAGUUUUUAAGACACAUCUUUUUUUCUACCAAAAAACCAAACCAAACCCAGCUCUACCCUGAACUGAAAUCCUGUAACAAAUACCAAUUAAACCUCUCUGGAACCUC